AUGGCCUAUGCAAUCCUAGCAGGCCUCCCCCCUGUGAAUGGACUCUAUUCAACCUUCCUGGGAGCUGUUAUCUUUCCCUUCUUUACUUCUUGGAUGCAUGGAUCUCUCGGUCCCUUUGCCAUCGUAUCUGUCAUGUGUAAGGCUUCCCAAGAACAAACUAUGAGUAAAUACGAAUUCCCGAAUGGAUCUCUUCUACCUAUGGCCAAUGUAGAAGAUCUGGACCCCUCAGUUAUUGUUUCUACACUCACUUUUCUUGUCGGUCUAUGUUGUGUAUGUAAUCGCAAUUAGUAAUUCACAUUUAAAUGUUUGCAAUUCAGCUUGUAUUCGCUGUUUUGAAACUGGAAUUCUUCGCUGAAUACUUUUCCGAAGCUCUGGUCAGUGGAUUUAUUACGGCAGCUGCGAUCCAAGUGUUGGUUACUCAAUUAGAUACAAUUCUUGGAGUUGCCAAACCACAUUCUCAUGGCUUUGGUUACAUGUUUAAAGUAAUCUAACAAUAUUUUGUCUAUAUUCCUUAAGAAUAUUUACCAAGUUGCAAUGGAAGUGCCCAAUACAAAUAUCGUUACAUUUGGUAUCUUCGUUGUUUCAAUCCUAUACUUGUGCUUCUGCAAAUUCCUCCUAACCCUAAUCUUAGCCAAGAUUUGGCCUUCUCAGAAAUUUGUAAUACCCUAUGAACUAAUAUUGGUGAGUUACUUUACGAAUAUCACGAAAUCUUAGGUAGUAACGAUGAUUUCAACUGCUUACAUACUACAAAUAGAUGUCAAUCACAACGUUCGAGUGGUUGGAACGGUCCCCACAGGCCUCCCUACACCAAGGUUACCGCGCUUGGCGCUUUUCCAAGACCUAAUCUUCGACGCAAUCGCCUUGUCUAUAGUCAUCAUCGCUGUUCAUUUAAGUUUAUCUCGAAUUUUCUGUGUCAAAAAGAAGUAUGAGAUAGAUGACAACCAGGAAUUAUAUGCGUAUGGGAUCACCUUAUCCCUGGUUGGAUUCGCCCCAGUUUUCCCUCCAUCCACCGGCCUUGGCCGACCUUUUAUUAUCGAUGAAUGCGGAGGUAGUUCCCCGGUAAGAAAACUAUUAUUCUAUAAACUAAAAUUGAUUGUUCAGCUGUGCAAUAUUGUAAGUGGUCUACUGGUAUUAACAGUACUGUUAGUGUUUGGACCUUUAAUGUACUAUUUGCCUUUGGUAAGGGAUGCAGUUUUAUAUAAAAACCAUGAUUUAGUCGGCCCUAGCAGCCAUCGUGGUUAUCGCUCUAAGGUCUUUAUUCAUGGGUUUUUUCGAGCUUCCUAAACUCUGGCGUUUAUGCAAAUGGGAUUUUUCGAUUUGGGUGGUCACAUUCUGUGCUUCCUUAUUAUCUGAUGUCAUCUACGGACUGGCUAUUGGUGUACUAUUUGAACUUUUCGCUGUCUCCGCUCGAACGCAAUGGUAAUAUAAUUAAAAUGAGUUCAAAUUGAUUUAGGCCAUAUUGGACUGCCAAAUUCAAUAAAAAUACGGAAUCAGAACACAUCGCCGUCUUUAGAUUGGAGUCAAUGCUACUCUUUACAAACGCUACUAUCUUCAAGAAGAAAGUCAGACAGACAUAUCUAAGAUGGCCCAAACCAACACACGCCCCGAAACCUAAGAUAUUCAUUUUUGAUUGCGCUGCGAUGUGUGACAUUGAUUACGUCGGUCUUAAGCAGUUUAAUGACGUUAUCCUAGAGCUGCGAAAAGAUGGCUGUUUGGUUUAUUUUGUCGACGUCCACGGUAAAAAUGCUAUAAUGAUUGCAUAA